AUGAAAGAACAUCAGGGUGACUUAUGUUCAAGAUAUGUAAAAAUAUUUAUUGUGGUUUCUUGUUAUUGGAUUAUAUCAAUUGCUACAGUGUUUGUGAAUAAAACAUUAUUAAGUAGCGACUCAGUUAAAUUAGAUGCCCCUCUAUUUAUUACUUGGUUUCAAUGUGUGGUAUCCUUCAGUAUAUGUUUUAUGUUAAGUAGAAUUGGUGGUGUUCCAGGUAUAUUCAAUUUUCCAAAAGGAUCACCAUGGAGCUUUAAAGUUGUAAGGGAGGUGAUUCCCCUAUCAAUUAUGUUCACAUUAAUGAUUGCGACAAACAACAUGUGCUUGAAGUACGUUGGUGUUGCAUUUUACUACAUCGGCAGGUCGUUAACAACAGUCUUCAAUGUUGUGUUCAGCUGGAUACUGCUACGGCAAACCACAUCUUUUAGAUGUGUUUUGUGUUGUGCAUGUAUCAUAUUUGGAUUCUACUUGGGAGUUGAUCAGGAGAAUUUAUUAGGUUCCUUUUCACUAGUCGGCACGAUAUAUGGGGUUAUUGGGUCUCUGAUGCUAUCACUAUACUCAAUUUUCACUAAGAAGGUGUUGCCAAGUGUCAAUCAAGAGGUGUGGUUGCUGUCCUACUACAAUAAUGCCUAUUCAAUUAUUUUGUUCCUGCCUCUAAUCGUCAUGAAUGGAGAGAUCGGGGUGUUGUGGAAUUAUAACAAUUUCGACAGUAUAUAUUUCUGGAUGCAAAUGGUUAUGGGUGGUGUGUGCGGAUUCGCAAUAGGAUACGUCACAUCAUUGCAAAUAAAGGUGACAUCCCCCUUAACACACAAUAUCUCCGGGACGGCAAAGGCUUGUGCUCAAACUGUUCUCGCUACACAGUGGUACAAUGAAUCUAAAAACGCUCUCUGGUGGACUUCUAAUCUAAUAGUUCUAGGCAGUAGCGCUUUAUACGCUAGGUUUAAACAAAUUGAAAUGGAGGAAAAUUCUAGAAAGCCAGUGCCAGAAGAGAAAAGAAGUUUAGUAUGA